UUCCGGCGUACGAGGCGGUGACAAUGGGAGCGGCGCGGGCGGCGCCGGGAGGCAGCUGACCGGCGUCUGCGGCUUCGCUUCAUGGCCGCUUUCCCGCCCUGCCUGGGCUCUGCGGGGAGCGGGGCGGCCCGCGGCGGCCGGGAGCCGGAGCUGGCGAGCCGAGCAGAGACCUGUGCGCGGCGCCGCUGAGGCGCAGCAUGUGAAGAAGAGACGGCAUCCAGUACGAGGCGAGCCUCUCAGCCGGCCGGGAUGGCCACGACGGCCGAGCUGUUCGAGGAGCCUUUUGUGGCAGAUGAGUAUAUUGAACGUCUUGUAUGGAGAACCCCAGGAGGAGGCUCUAGAGGGGGACCUGAAGCUUUUGAUCCUAAAAGAUUAUUAGAAGAAUUUGUAAAUCAUAUUCAAGAACUCCAGAUAAUGGAUGAAAGGAUUCAAAGGAAAGUAGAGAAACUAGAGCAACAGUGUCAGAAAGAAGCUAAGGAAUUUGCCAGGAAGGUACAAGAUCUCCAGAAAAGCAAUCAGGUUGCCUUCCAACAUUUCCAGGAACUAGAUGAGCACAUCAGCUAUGUAGCAACCAAGGUCUGUCACCUUGGAGACCAGUUGGAGGGGGUAAACACACCCAGACAACGGGCAGUAGAGGCUCAGAAAUUGAUGAAAUACUUUAAUGAGUUUCUAGAUGGAGAAUUGAAAUCUGAUGUUUUUACAAAUUCUGAAAAGAUAAAGGAGGCAGCAGACAUCAUUCAGAAGUUGCACCUAAUUGCCCAAGAGUUACCUUUUGAUAGAUUUUCAGAAGUUAAAUCCAAAAUUGCAAGUAAAUACCAUGACUUAGAAUGCCAACUGAUACAGGAGUUUACUGGUGCUCAAAGAAGAGGUGAAAUCUCCAGAAUGAGAGAAGUAGCAGCUGUUUUACUCCAUUUUAAGGGCUAUUCCCAUUGUGUUGAUGUUUAUAUAAAGCAGUGCCAGGAGGGUGCUUACUUGAGAAAUGAUGUAUUUGAAGACGCAGCAAUACUCUGUCAACGGGUGAACAAACAAGUUGGAGAUAUCUUUAGUAAUCCAGAAACAGUACUGGCUAAACUUAUUCAAAAUGUAUUUGAAAUCAAACUACAGAACUUUGUGAAAGACCAGUUAGAAGAAUGUAGGAAGUCCGAUGCAGAGCAGUAUCUCAAAAGUCUCUACGAUUUAUAUACAAGAACCACAAAUCUUUCCAGCAAGUUGAUGGAGUUUAACUUAGGUACUGAUAAACAGACUUUCUUGUCUAAGCUUAUCAAGUCCAUUUUCAUUUCCUAUUUGGAGAACUAUAUUGAAGUGGAGACUGGAUAUUUGAAAAGCAGAAGUGCUAUGAUCCUACAGCGCUAUUAUGAUUCAAAAAACCAUCAAAAGAGAUCGAUUGGCACAGGAGGUAUUCAAGAUUUGAAAGAGAGAAUUAGACAGCGUACCAACUUACCACUGGGACCAAGUAUCGAUACUCAUGGAGAGACUUUCCUAUCCCAAGAAGUGGUGGUUAAUCUUUUACAAGAAACCAAGCAAGCCUUUGAAAGAUGUCAUAGGCUCUCUGAUCCUUCUGAUUUACCAAGGAAUGCCUUUAGAAUUUUUACCAUUCUUGUGGAAUUUUUAUGUAUUGAACAUAUUGAUUAUGCCUUGGAAACAGGACUUGCUGGAAUUCCUUCUUCAGAUUCUAGGAAUGCAAAUCUCUAUUUUUUGGAUGUUGUGCACCAGGCCAAUACUAUUUUUCAUCUUUUUGACAAGCAGUUUAAUGAUCACCUUAUGCCACUAAUAAGCUCUUCUCCUAAGUUAUCUGAAUGCCUUCAGAAGAAAAAAGAAAUAAUUGAACAGAUGGAGAUGAAAUUAGAUACUGGCAUUGACAGGACAUUAAAUUGUAUGAUUGGACAAAUGAAGCAUAUCUUGGCUGCAGAACAAAAGAAAACAGAUUUUAAGCCAGAAGAUGAAAACAAUGUUUUGAUUCAGUAUACUAAUGCCUGUGUUAAAGUCUGUGCUUAUGUAAGAAAACAAGUGGAGAAGAUUAAAAAUUCCAUGGAUGGGAAGAAUGUGGAUACAGUUUUGAUGGAACUUGGAGUACGUUUUCAUCGACUUAUUUAUGAGCAUCUUCAACAAUAUUCCUAUAGUUGUAUGGGUGGCAUGUUAGCAAUUUGUGAUGUUGCUGAAUAUAGGAAGUGUGCCAAAGACUUUAAGAUUCCUCUGGUAUUACAGCUUUUUGAUACUCUGCAUGCACUUUGCAAUCUUCUGGUAGUAAACCCAGAUAAUUUAAAGCAAGUCUGCUCAGGAGAACAACUUGCUAAUCUGGACAAGAACAUUCUUCACUCCUUCGUACAACUUCGUGCUGACUAUAGAUCUGCCCGCCUUGCUCGACAUUUCAGCUGAGGUUGAAUUUACAAGGGCAGUGUGUUGUACUUCAGCAGGCCUUGGUUGAUAGAAAGCACAGGCGGUUUCUUAUGACACAGCCAACAUUUUAUUGAUAAAUGACUGUUUAGAAAAACAGCAGCCAUACUUACCCUUGAGAUUUUAUUUGAAAUUUGGACACUACUAAGCAUAUUUUGCUCUUUUCCCUUAAGUUGGAUUUUAAUUCCGUUUUUGAACUUAUAAAUUUCAAACUCUGUAAAGCUAUAUGUUAUUGUUUUCAUCCUGGAAAAUGUUAGUGUCAGAAGGCAAAUGAGAUGUUACCAGUGUUCUGGUUCAUGUUCUUUAACAUAGUCCAUUGGGAAAUUUCACCAUCCUGUUUUGCACUAAAGAUGGGUAAACUCCAGCAAAACUACAUUUAUUAUUUAUCAAUUUUCAAUGACCUUUUCAGCACUGGUAAUUGUGAAUCAGGUUAUUUUAGGUUUUCCUAGAGAACUUUUUUGCUUCUUUCAGAAGGUUAAUUAACAAUUGGGCAUAAUUUUUGUAGUUGGUUGAUUGGAUUUUUCUGAGGUACAACAAUAAUACUAUUCCAAGAAAAAUGUUAUAAACAAAACUAAAAUGAUGAAAUGUUUUAUGUAGGUAUUAGCAGUGGAUCAGAAUACAUCUGCUUUCUGGGUAAAAAAAAAACUUAAAUGUUUACAAUUUCUUAUUUGGUAAACAGAUUUUUAAGCCAAUGCUAGCAAGAAAUUAAUAAAAUUACCUUAUUUUAUAUUUUGCUUAAGAUAAGGUGGAGGAUCUUAAUUAAAGGACCAUAUUUAUUCAUUAUUUUAAUAUUACAAGGGAAGUAAAAAAAUGAGGUGUGGUCUAAAUGGUGCAUAUGAGAAGCAUUGACAGUGUUUAGCAACAAUGCAGUCCUUUAAGAUUUCUACCUUUAUGCAAAACUGGAAUAAGAUGGAAUGGCUAAACAUGCAGGUAGUCUUCUAUUUUAAGAGGAAUUGGGAAUUGAUAGUUAGCAUUAUAUUCUAAGUCUCGAGAUAAACUUUGCAAGGACUAGUUGCUUUUUAAAUCUAUAGUUUCUGUCAUUACCUUUUUCAGGGCAUUUCUGAAGCGAUUCCUACUGAAUGUAGUUAAUUGAAUUGGCUUAAUAUGGUGGCAUAAUAAAUCACUUAUAAAAUUUUAAACAUCAAGCAGAAAUUUAGAAAUAUCUUUACUCUAGAAACUAUAAACUUGCUCUGUGAGAAUGCAUUCUUAGCUAUAUGUAGUGUUUCAGCUUUCAUUGUGUUUUUCAUAGUCUUCAGGAACAGAUAAACUUUAAUGUUCAACUCAUUCUUGACUUUUCUUUUUCCUUUAAUGUAGGCUUUUUGGCCUAAUUUUGGAAAACUAAUUUUAAGAAUAUGUUUCUGGGGCUUCCCUGGUGGCGCAGUGGUUGAGAGUCCGCCUGCCGAUGCAGGGGACACGGGUUCGUGCCCCGGUCUGGGAAGAUCCCACAUGCCACGGAAGCGGCUGGGCCCGUGAGCCAUGGCCGCUGAGCCUGCGUGUCCGGAGCCUGUGCUCUGCAACGCGAGAGGCCACAACAGUGAGAGGCCCGCGUACCGCAAAAAAAAAAAAAAAAAGAAAGAAAAAGAAAUAUGUUUCUGAAUGUUCAUCAGCUUUACCCAAACUUCCAGGUCCAAAGCGAGCUAGCUACUGUUUAAGUUACUAUUGACUGAAUUUUCUUCAUUUUCUAUUUAGCCCAGUGUUAUCAGGGUAAGCAAGAGAAAUGAAGUAUGCCAACUUUUGUCAAAGCAUUUUAGGAAAUUGUGGCAGCUUUAGAAGGCUGUCUAAUUUUCUAUUCCUUAGCCAAAGGAAAGCCAGAACAGGUUUUGGAUACUAGAGAAAGUCAUAUGCUUGUACUAUUGCCAUUUUAGAAAGCUCUGAUGUGAAUUCAAAUUAUACCUCUGUUAAUUAAAGCCAACAAUUUUAAAGCAGUAGUUUUACUGGCCACUUGAACUCUUUGUACACAGUGUCAAUUUGUAAAAAAAUAAAAAAGGGAAAAAAAUAUCAAAUAAAACAUGAGAGAACACUUUAAGACUUCCAAAUCAGAAAAGUGCUCCAAAUUAUUUUGUUUGGAUUAACUUUUUAAAUGUAAAACAUAUAUUUGUUGCUUAGAUAUUUUGUUAAUUAUUAUUUCCAUGUUUGAGUUCUGUGCAAUAUUUUCCAUUAUGUCCAUUGACAGGACAGUAACAAAGAAAACUCAUAAGUGACUACUUAAUUUAGAAGUGUUAACAUUAAUGCUCAAUAAACAAAUUCCCUGCAAUUGUUUUUUUUUUUAUUUCACUCCAUUUUUACAUUUUGAGGACAUCCAUACUGAAUUUUAUAAAUUAUUUUUUAUUUAAAUUUUUAAGAUGUUUCUUAUUUUUCAUAGCAUAGGUCUUCCUUUUUAAGCAGAAAAAUACUUGACUAUAUAAUCAAAAUUAGAAACAGAUUGUCUUUCUCUAAGAAAAAAAAAUUUGUUAUAUAAAGCAGUAUGCAUUCUUUGUAUUCAUUGUAUUUCAUUUUGAAAGUAUUUUUCAUAUUAAUGGACACUACAAAAUUCUCAAAAUAUAUGGCUCAAAAGAGAUGGUCAAUAAGUAAAAUGUUUUUCAUAUGCACAUGGUAAAAUUUUAGGUAGCGAUAAUGGAACUUUGUAUAUCAGUAACUUUAGUCAACAUUUGAAUAAGGAAAAUCUUUAUAAUUUUCCGUAGUUUCACAUGAGCUAACAUGCAAUGUUUAGAUAAUGUUUUGAAAUUGAAAAUAGACUCUUAAACACUGCGUUUUUAGAAAAUGCGGAAACACUCAAUAAAAAGCUUGAGUGUAUUAUGUUUUCAUAACACAGAAAGUGAAAUACAGAACACAGGUUUAAGAAGGUUUAACUUCUAUAAGUUAUGAUAUUGAAAAUGACAGCUAACCAAAGUAGCUGAAUACUUCUUAUGAGGAAUUGUUAAAUAGUGGCUGGUUGCAUGUUUAGACAGUUGGUUAUCUGACUAUUUCAAGACAGUUAUUAGUAGCCUCAUUUUGAAUAUCCCCAUGUUUGCAAGUCCCUAGCACCUUUCUUGUUUUAAAAAGAGCUUCUAAGUAAGUUAAUUCAUGGUAUAUUUUAGACCAUCCCUUUCCUUUCACUUUAAAUAUAUCACUCUGAAUAUCAGCCUUCUCACUUACCAUAAAAUAAUUUAAUUAGCCAGUAGAUCGACUCAAAGUGGAGAAUUUACUGCUUCCUUAAAAUGCCUUUUUCUCAUCUAUGAUGGUGAAAUAUUUACAUCUAUCUAGAUAAAGAGAUUUUUGUUCUUGAAAUGCCACAAAACCCAUUAAGGUGGUCAUGUUUGUGAAGUAGUGCUUAAGGCAUGCUUGAACUGCACGUGAGAGUAAGUAAGGUUCCUUGGGUGCAUAAUUUGUUAGUGACUUUAAAAGCUCAGAUCUGGGAGUUUAAUUUUUUUUUUAAUACAAAAAUAUUCUAUGUAUUACCAUUUAUUGCCCAUUGACUCAGAAGUAUGACAUAUUUUCUAGAAGCAUAGUGAUUUCUAGUGGAGAAUUUGACAUAUGAAGCAUUCUGAGCUUUCAUCCAAUUAGUUUAACUAUAUUCAGUCCCUGUAGUACUUCUCUCUGCUUGAAGAAGUCUGUCCUGAAAUACGUUGUGUACUUUGGAGGAAAAGACCAGUCCAUAUUGUUACUGUAAAUAAUUCUACAUAAAGUAAAAAUAGCAUUUAAAAAAUUUUGAUGCAUAAUAAAGUAUAGCUAUAUUUAUUGACUUUAGUCCCAUGCACUGUGCUAAGCCCUUUACAUAUAUUAUCUCAUUUGGUUUCAAAGGAGCCCUAGGAGUAGGGUACUGUUAUCUCCAUUUGACAGACCCCGUGCACAGAAAGUUUUAAGUAGAUCUGCUCAAGGUCUACAGCUAAGUAAAAGACUCAGAAACCUGAAUGUUUCUCACACUUUAUCUUCUAUACACUGUUCUCCUUAUGCAACAUAAAAUAUUGUUUGAUAGGCUCAUUAGUUUUGCUUAGUCUAAUUUUCUUUUCAUCCAAUGUUUGGUUCUCGUUGUAGUGUUUAGAUUAUGAAGUUGAGAUACAGGGCUAAUAUCUGAUUUAUUGUUAGACUUUUUCGUAAUGUGUCCGGUGUGUGGUCAUACUUUUAUAAAGUUUGGUUUUUAAAAUUUUAUAA